CCCCCUGCAAUGAUGUCAUCAGCAUGCGCGGUAAGGACGAUCAUAUAUUGGCCGGGGCCGCAGGAAGGAGCCAGUCGUAAAGAUGACAGACCCAGAUGUUGUAACCGAGGUCCCCGCGGUGCUGAAACGCCUCGCUAAGUAUGUGGUGCGUGGGUUCUAUGGGCUGGAACACGCCCUCGCCUUGGACAUUCUGAUACGGAAUCCCUGUGUAAAGGAGGAGGACAUGCUGGAGCUUCUGAAGUUUGACCGUAAGCAGCUUCGGGCCGUGCUCAAUACAUUGAAAGGGGACAAGUUUAUCAAAUGCCGCAUGCGGGUGGAAACCGCCACUGACGGAAAGACUACGAGACACAAUUACUAUUUCAUCAACUACAAACUGCUGGUAAAUGUUGUUAAAUACAAGCUGGACCAUAUGAGACGGAGGAUUGAGACGGACGAGAGAGACUCCACCAACAGGGCUUCUUUCAAAUGUCCAAACUGCUGUAGUACCUUCACAGACCUUGAGGCCAACCAACUGUUUGAUUCCUUGACAGGGUCUUUUCGCUGCACUUUCUGUCGGACAGAGGUGGAAGAAGAUGAGUCUGCAAUGCCCAAAAAGGACGCUCGAACGCUAGUGGCAAGAUUUAACGAUCAGAUCGAACCUAUCUACGCGUUGCUCAGGGAAACAGAAGACAUCAACCUGGCUUAUGAAAUUUUGGAGCCUGAACCUACUGAAAUCCCAUCUCUCAGACAGAGUAAGGAAAGAGCUGCAGCGGCAAAUGCUGCCGCUCUUGGUCCUCAGCGAGAAGCAUGGACCACCAAGGGUCCUUCAUACGAAAAUCUGUAUACGCAGGAUGUUGUUAUCAGCAUGGAGGAACAGGAAGACAUACAAAGGGCAGCUACAGAGGGUAAACCGGUCAAGGAAAGACCCAUCUGGCUGAGGGAGAGCACUGUUCAGGGAGCCUUCAGCGAUGCGGCCGAUCUAAAGGAUGGUACGAUGGACUCAGAUGCCUUCAAAGAUCAAGAAGAAGGACGUGCAAUGGCUGAUGAAAAUGAGGAAGUAAUGCAGGCCUUACUUAUCCAUGAAAAGAAGAGUGCGGCUGCUGCUUUGGGGGGCGGCUCUGCUCCAUCAACCAAUGCCGGUGCUGGCAGUGACUCAGACAGCGACACAAGUGAAUCUGACCAAGAUAGUCCGGCCUCCCGACACCCAUUGAUACCUUCUUCUCGAAUGUAUGAGGAGGAUGACGAUGACGAUGAGUUUGAAGAGGUGACAUCUGACCUAACGGUCACUGUUGGAGGACGUCCAUUCCUGUACAGUGAGGUGAGUCAGCGCCCAGAACUUGUGGCACAGAUGACUCCGCUGGAGAAGGAAGCCUACAUUGAAAUGGGAAAGAAGAUGUUUGAAGACUUGUACGACUAAACAUAAUCUCCAUCCUGCUUACAAGAUCAAUCCCAAACAUACCGAGAUAUUUUCAACAAACUAUAUGCGAUACUUCGAUGGUUACACCUGCUGUAUUUCAAUGGUUACACCAGCCAAAUGCCCAAUUAGAAGACUUGUUUACUUUGAGUUUUUAUUUCAAGGAGUCAGUAUGUAGAUCGAUUUCGCACAAUCUGAACUAAGAGCUUCUAUCCUAAGAGCCAUCACCAAAUGAACCUGUGUGUGCGGAUCUGCUGUGUGGACUGUACAGUAUUAGCUAGAUCCUUUUUUUAUGCAAUAUUUGAAUUCUGUUAUGAGAAUUUUCACCGUGAUAUGGUUUACUUUUUGGAUUCUUUUAAAGUCACAACCAUUUUGAAUUCGAUGACAUUUUCUCAGAUUUUUAAGAAAGGCUUUUCUUUUCCGGCAGUUGGUAGUCUAACUGCUUGUGUUAUGCAGAGAUAAAGUCCAAAUUUAACAAUAACUGCGGUUUCUUGUGCACCGAAGACACAGGUUCAUCUAAUUAACAGAUCACUCUUGUUUCUUAUCAGAGGAAUACUGUAAUGUUUCCCAUUCCUAUCAAUUAGAGAAAACAUUAUGUCCAUCAGCAAAAGAUUUAGAUUUUGGGGUAAGCUCCUGUUUACAGUAUUACCAUACAAAACAUUUUUGUAUGAACUUGUCUCAAUAAAACGGUAAAACUAGAAACAUGUUGAUCAUAUGGCAAUAAGAGCCCAAACAACAAUGUGACAUGAUUUAACUUUCUAGGGAUCGAACCUAUCUCUGUACUUAAUGCUAGCCGAUACUGUUUUUAAAUUAGCCGCAUUGCCAGGGCAUCCAUAGAUGUCCCAUCAGUUUUAUUCAUGUAUUUAAUUUGACUCUAAUGCAGAAAUUACGAAAUAGCUGCUAAGAUGAACGCAGCCAGACCCUCCAGGGUAAGCAGCCAUAGACCUCCUUGGCCUUGGAUAAUGAGACCUACGCCCUGAGGGUACCGAGUCAUAGUCGCACUGGAGUUAUACAUACAAUGGAUACAGUUACAGUUUUACCUUGUUUUACUGGCUGGUAUUUUUUAUUCCUGUUUUCAGGUGGAAUGUUUAUAUUUCUUUUACAUUACCUUGUUCCCUUCUAAAUAAAGUUACUUUUGUUUUUA